GUAAUGUCACUAGUUUUUCACUGGAGAGCGAGCUACGCGAAUGGUUCAUCAAAUCGGUGUUCCCUGCUGGCGAUAUUGGCGUGUAUAAAGUGAAAAAAUACCUUCCUCUAGAAGCGAAAAUUCGGUCUGCCGAAAUUCCUAGUGCAAACAGUUAUACCGGUUGCGUUUUCCGUUCUCAGUUCGAUCGAUUGGUGCUAUCGAUCGAGGAUAAAAGUGCAUUUUCCCAACGGGGAUUGGCAUCUGAAAAAAGUUCGGGUGAAAGAAAAUCAAAUUUUCUCCUCCCUCAAGCGUGAAAAAGUGGAAUCCAGCCAGCCAGCAGCAGCAGCAGUGUUGUGUUGUACGUCGGAGAGCGAAAAAGAAGGAAUUGGGCUGUGGUUGUGUGUGCGUGUCUCGUCUCGGUCGGGUUUUCGGUUCGGUGCAGCACAGUGAGAAGUGAAGUGAAGGAAAAGUGCGAAUCCACCAGCCCACCUCCAAAUCGAAAAGGUGUCUCCCGAAGUCCCGUUGGAUUUUGGGUGGUUCGGUUUGUGAUAGCUGAACGGGGGAUCAAUUGAUUGCUUUUUGUUUCCGAGGAUCGGAAUCGAGUCCGGGAACCGGGUGCCGUUGAUUGCCGGAGCAAGCGGUCCAUUGGAAGUGCUUGAACAAAACCGGAGGAAGUUUUUUUUUUUUAUUCGACUCCAGCGCGAGAGUGUGAGCCAGGGAGAAAGAGCACCCCCAGAAGAGUGAGAAUCCAUCCGCGACUAUGUCGUCAUCCGGCGAUUUUGGAAAUCCGCUUCGGAAGUUUAAGCUGGUCUUUCUGGGCGAACAAAGCGUUGGCAAAACUUCGCUAAUCACCCGGUUUAUGUACGACAGCUUCGACAACACAUACCAGGCAACGAUCGGUAUAGACUUCCUGUCGAAAACCAUGUACCUAGAGGACCGAACAGUGAGAUUACAGCUGUGGGACACUGCCGGACAGGAGCGAUUCCGAUCGCUGAUACCAUCGUACAUUCGUGAUUCAACCGUAGCCGUAGUUGUGUACGAUAUUACAAAUGCCAACUCAUUUCACCAAACAUCGAAAUGGAUCGACGACGUCCGGACGGAGCGUGGCAGUGACGUAAUCAUCAUGCUGGUGGGCAACAAAACUGACCUCUCGGACAAGCGCCAGGUCUCGACGGAAGAAGGCGAGCGGAAAGCGAAAGAACUGAAUGUGAUGUUCAUCGAAACCAGUGCGAAGGCUGGUUACAACGUGAAACAGCUUUUCCGACGAGUAGCCGCAGCACUGCCCGGUAUGGACUCAACCGAGAACAAACCACCAGAAGACAUGCAAGAGGUUGUACUCAAGGAUUCACCGAACGAGACAAAAGACCCGGAGGGUGGCUGUGCAUGCUGAACCUGCGAUACGAUUCCGCAAAAAAAAAGAGUUUUUUUUUCGUUUGUUUUUCUAUCUAUCUAUUUAGUAGGGAAAUUCUCUACACAAAGGGAUCCACCAGCUGGAAAAAGAGUGAAGGCGAUCGAACGGAGGAAAAUUUGGGAGGAAAAAAAUAUGAAGCAAAGAGGAUGAAACUAUGAUGAUUAAAUUUGCAGGAUCCGCCUCUGCAAUAUAUAUGUCCAUUCUUAAGAAAGAGAGCGAGAGCGAGAGAGUAAACACAUUUUUAUCCAUAUUUUUAUUUAUUAAUAAAGUACGUGUAAACUGUUGCAACGGGGUCUAAAAUGUUGAAGAAACAGUAAAAAACACUGUGCAGUCCAAUGCGUGUGCGGGUUUUGCAUGGUGCGCGAGAUAGAAUUUGUGUUACUGAUUUUUUGAAUGUUGAAUAAUAUAAACUAUUUUUGUCGUGCGCGAAGAAUGCUAAUAUUUUUUUUUUCCUUUAACCACUUUGAAAUAAAAAUCUGAUUUGUUUAUUUUUUGUUCCGUGUAUUUAUAGUAGUAGAGCAGAGCAACAAGAUUGUUCACUGAUAUCAUUCUCUACCUUCCGCAAUUACUUACGACUACUACCGAUACAUUAUACAAAUAUUUAAUAUAGUCGACUAAGUUGUGUCUAAGCGUAAUAAAAAAGCUACUACAAUACUUUCCUUAGUUUUACGUUUUAGUUUUUAGUUUAACCGUUACGAAAAACAAAAUCCUAUCGAGUCGUUGUAGCAACAGUGCGCGUAUGGUUCGGAAUUGACGGACCAUCUUGAUUGCUUAUUGAAAAUUUACACUAGUGCUAACAUUUAGGUUCUGACGAUUGAAUAAACUGACCAGAGUAUGAUUUAUAGAAGCA